UUUACUUCCUGAAUCCUGGACUGAUGACUAGUGACUGUGAGCCGAUGAUGUACAAAUUCUAUCUAUAGUCUAUAGUGUUGUUGGUCAAUAAAUUCAGCAUUAAUUGCGUAAUAACGGCUAAAUCUAGGUCUGAUUAGAGAGUUUCGUAUUGUCAUUCUGACUGAGUCUGAGUGGUUCGGUAAUUGAAGUGAAAACGCUGCUGAAACGAACUGAAACAUGUCUUGGGGAGGACCACCGCAACAACAGCAACAAUACGGCGGAUACGGUCAGGGCGGGUAUGGCCAGCAGAGACCAGGGGCCCCGGCAUAUGGACAGCCCCCUGCCGGUCAGUACGGGGCGCCACCUGGCGGCCAAGGGGGUACUUACGGACAACAGCAAGGGUACGGGGGGGCUCCAGCCUACCGGGGACCCCCGCCAGCACAAGGGGGACAGUACGGCGGACAAAGGCCAGCUUAUGGAGGGGCCCCACCGGCUCAUGCUCAAGGAUACGGGGCCCCACCGGGGCAGACUCAGGGAUAUGGUGGGGCUCCGCCGGGCCAAGGGUAUGGAGGAGCUCCACCACAAGGUCAAGGAUAUGGGGGAGCCCCACCACCGGGCCAGCAGGGAUAUGGAGGUGCCCCACCAUACCAGGGGCCUCCUGGGGGUUACGGCGGGGGUCAAGGCGGCUACUCAGCACCAGCGCCACCUGGUGUCAACCCAGAGCUGUGGACGUGGUUUCAGUCAGUAGACGCUGACCGCUCAGGGCAGAUCACGGCCAUAGAGCUCCAACAGGCUUUGAUGAAUGGUAACUGGUCACCGUUCAACCCAGAGACCUGCAGGCUCAUGAUCGGCAUGUUUGAUAAAGACAGAAAUGGCACAAUUAACGCCCAUGAGUUUGCUGCCCUGUGGAAAUACAUACAGGACUGGAAGGCUUGUUUCGACAGGUUUGACACAGACAGAUCGGGAAACAUUGACGCUAACGAACUGGGAAACGCAUUCCAGACCUUCGGCUACAGAUUGUCCCCUCAGUUCAGCCAGACCGUGGUCCGUGUGUUUGAUCGUAGACGUGGAGGGCGCAGCAUCAACUUUGACGACUUUAUCCAAGCGUGUGUGAUGCUCAAAUCGCUGACUGACAAAUUCAGGGUGAAGGACUCACAACAGAAUGGUUCCAUCAAUAUUUCUUACGAGGAGUUUUUGGAGAUGGUGUUGGACACAACUCUGAUCAAGUAACUGAAGAGAACAUUAGAGGACAACGAUGGACGCUGUGUAUCAAGUGGUGUUUUCGAAUGCCUCAAUCUGGCCGCAGCAUGCUGCAACCUAGGGCAAUAUGUACUCAGCCGUUGGGCGCGAGGCUCUUCUGCUUUCUUCAUGCCCGUCAAAUUGAUGUAAGAGUAAUUUCAAAACCAUGAAUGUUGAAGAAAGUGGGAGUUGUAAGCAAUAUUUACAAUUCUUUUCUUUUUUUUUGGGCGGUGUGACAUAUGUACUGGUGUGUGGAGAACUUUCAAGUCGAAACAUUUUUUUUUCAAGAUAAUAAGCAAUCAGUUUUAAUAUGAUAAACUCUUUUUAAGAUAUAGAGUACAGUGAUAUACCGAUAUUGGGACUCUGCUAUAUAACUGCUUCAGAGUCAUGUUUGAUCUAAAUUAUGCCGAUGGGGGUGUAAAUUUUUCACAAUCAUUCAUUGCAACCAACCAAGAGCCAUAUUUUCAUCUCUAACUUGUGUUGAUGGGGACCUAAAACUUUUUCAUCAAUAAUUACAUUCAAUCAACAGCGAUGUAUAGAUGUCAACACCAACGGUAGAGUGUAUUUUUAGAACCGCAUCUGUCUAGAGAGCAGGUACAUGUGACCACCAAGAAAAAGCUGCUGGUUGUAGAUGUCCACAAGAAGUGGGGAGAACAUCCUAUAUCCUACUCUAUUUUUCUUCAUCAAAGAGCCCUUUCUAGUGGGUGGGGACACCAUUAGUUUAGCUCAGCGGUACCUCACAAACUAUGGUGCAGAUGACCCUGAUUCGAAUCCCCAGUGAGGCGUUUGUGAACUUGAGUAGUCUGGUCUGGGAAGUGUUUAAGGUCCUCCACCCAUUUGCUCAAUCCUGUCAGAGAUGGACGUAAAAUUUGGAGGUCUUACGGCUUAAAUAACUUACAAUGUUGAAAGUGACAUUAAACCCGUACUGGUACAGUUCAUUUUGUUAUGUCCAGGAGUGGAGCUGAAAUCUCUCACUCACAUGUCUCUUGGACCGCUCUCUUGUGACUCUCAGAUAUGCUCUCGGUUUGUUUGUUUUUUGUAUACACUGUAUAGGACUGGAAAUCGCCAGAGGUAUCAUUUAGCAGUGUUUGGAUGAAAAGAGCAUAAUACAUUUUUUCCUCAUCAUUUAAUUGCUUUGAAAAGUCGAGUCCUCCACUGGAAACAAAUAGAGUACUUGAAUGUUUUAAUACAUUGCACAAGAUAAAUAUCGCUGAAAAUGUUGUUGUUGUUGAGAAUGAAAUGAAAAA